AUGAAUGUUUUAUUGCUUCUAAUCCUGUUCGCUAUAAAAAUCAACGCCGAGAACUCGGAGAAUCUGAACCCGAAGCCGAGGAAUGUCAUCAAUGAGGGUAAGGGGUCAUUUGAAUUGCUCAUUUGGGCCGUUAAAUCCGAAUUUUUUGGCCGAAACGGCUGGAAUUUGUUGGAUUUGGCUAUAAAAUUGAUUUUAAUGGCGAAAAAGAAGAGUUGCUGACAUUUCAAAUGGCCAUAAAUAGUUAGAUUAAACAUGGAAAAAAAUUUUUUGGCCUUUUGAAAAAAAAUAUUUUUUGGUAUUUUGCACUGUGCGAUUUUUUUCAAUUCAAAUUUUUACCGGUAAAUAAGGUAAAGGGCCGUGAUUUUUCUCUGCAAAUUAUAAUAUCAGGCUAUUUACAUAGUAUUUCAGGCAUUUCAGUCAUCCUCGCCGUCUUUUUGACCGAAAUUUUUUUCAAAAAUAAAAAUUUGACCUUGUUUUAGGCAACAAAUCUGAAAUUUUUGCCGAAAUCUUUGAUUUUUCUGGCAAAGCAAUGUAGAAUUUUGAAUAAUGUUUUGUUUGUAGCUGUUUUUCAUUAAUUUCAAUCAAAAUUUUAUCCAUUUUUGCAAAUUUUUUUUUAAUUUUUCGUCUAACACAAUAUAAAAAAUCUAAAUUUUUAAUCCAAAAAUAGCAUUUUCUUCCUUUUGCAACUUUCAAAAGUUCGUUUCAACCUUUUCCCAUCGCAUUCCCCUCCACUUUAUUUAUAAAAAAUCACCUGUUCGAGGUCAGUUAACAUCCCCCAAACAAUGGGUGAUUAAAGGCCGUUCCAUUAUUAAUGGCCUCAGGGCAAAUGGGACUUUUCUGACUUUUCUGGACUCUUAAAAAUUAGUUCUGGCUUAAUUAAUGAGAUUUUCGGGGAAAUUACCGUAGUUUUAUAUGAUCCUAGUAAUUUUAAAAAGUUGUAAUAUCAGUGUAAAUACGAUAAGUUUACUUUUUUUAUAACUUACCAGUAAUUUUAAGAGUCUGUAAAAUUUUUUUGCCCCAUUUUGAUUUCCAUUUUGCGACCCCUGAGACCCCACUACAAUAUGGGGGCUUUCGGGGAAAGAAACUUUGGCCAUCGGAUAAAAGUUCCGUCGUUUCGCGGCCCUAAACGCCCUCCCGGGAUCGGAUGUCAUGAUAAUCCGCCGAUUGGAGGCUUUGAGUGGCGACAUUAUGCCAAAAAUUCCCUUGAGGGCGCAGUUCGGGAAUGGAGAAAAUAGGGCCGAAAAUCCUGGGGAAUAAUCGAAAUGACAACAAGUGCAGGGAAAUGAUAUAGAGGGGAAAAUAAUUGGAAAACGGCCGUAUUUUAGGAGAAUUUUGAAUAAAAUUUUAUAAAAUAUGUCAUGAUGACAUAUUUUUUGAAAAUUUCAAAAAUCGAAAUACACCUUAAAUUUCAUAGCCUAUUUUCUAUAUGGUUUCAACGAAAUUGUCAAAAAUUUCAUAAAAAUAUGUCAUGAUGACAUAUUUUUUUGAAACUCUAAAACAUCCAAAAGUUGUCAAAACAGGUUUUUCAGACCCAAAAAAAGUGUUUAUCCACCUAAAAUACGAACCCCCAUAUUCUCUCCCCCGCGAUUUUCUUGCCGAAAUCCAGCACCAUGACGCCUAAUCUGCAUAAUUACAGUGAAAAGCAUGUCGCGAAUCACUCAAAUUAUUCGAAAUUAAUGAGAGAUCCGGUCAUUACCCCUCCUCUCGGUUGACAUUGCGCAACGAGCGGAUUAAAAUUGACUCCAAUUUUAAUUAAAAACCGAAUGCAAAUAAUGGACAUUAGCUAUACGGGCAUUGGGGAAUAAGAAUGAGGCAAAUCGCCGCAGGGAAAAUAAGAUAAUCGGAGAAAGAGGAAUCUGCAUAAUGAGUAGGAUCUAGUUAAGACAAUUACAGGGAGACAAUUGGAAAUAUCGAGGGGUUUGAAGUCAAAUCGACCUUAUUUUAGACAUCAGAUGGGGAUUUUUGGGAAAAAUGAGUAUAAAAUUAAAAAUAUAUGGUUUUUUGAAACGACGAUUGAAUUUAUAAAUUCUAUGGACCUUUUUGGACCUAUAUACUAGUAUUACUGCAAAAUAAUCUUCUUCAAAUUUUGUCAUUUUUGUCAUUUUACCCUUCAAAGUCAUCAAAAAAGCCUUAUAAUUAUAAAAACCUCAAAAUGCAAAUUCAAUCCUCAAAUCUAUGAAUCAAUAAGCUAUUUAAGAGAAAAAUACGAUGCAAAGAUGUCUCAACUCAUUUAUAUCACCACUGUAAUCUCAAUUUUCAGGUUCAAACCAAGUGAAAUAUCAGAGUGCGGCCGGCGCUCAAGAGAACUUCCGACUAGUCGAUGUUUACGGCGAUUCUGUGAUUAUUGGAGCCCGAGAUGCCGUCUACAAUCUGUCAAUCCAAUCAUUGGAUCCAAAAUUUGUAAGCAAAACUUAUCGUGGUGGAAUUCCAAAAAAUAUGUCAUCAUGACAUGUUGAAAAUGAUAAAGAUUGAUGUUCUGAGCUUAGUACUGGUUAUUUUUGAGGAAAAAGAUUCUAAAAAAGAUUUGGUUUUACCUUCCAAAAAAAAUCCGUCAUCAUGACAUUUUUAAAUUUUCCAAAAAAUCCGUCAUCAUGACAUUUUUAAAUUUGAUGAAAUCUCAAAAAUUAUUUUUUUUUCAUUUUAUUAACUGGUCAAAACAGAUGCCCAGAAAAAAAUUCCGAGAUACUGACCAUUUUUCCGCGUCAUCAUGACUUAUUUGUUUAGAAUUUUUCAAAAUUUUCCCGAAAUUUUUUGAUUUCCCCUUAUUUUCCUCAAUUUUCAGACGAUCCAAUGGCCCGCACUAGGUCAAACCAUCGAAGAAUGCCAUAUGAAGGGCAAGUCCGAGGCCGAAUGCCACAAUUUCAUUCGAGUUGUGGCACCGUUGCGCAACGGACGCACCCUAAUUUGCGGAACUCACGCGUUCUCCCCGCAAUGUCGGGAAUAUGAUUACAAUUUGGCGGAGGAUCGAUUCGUGGACAAACAAGAGUACAGUGGGCAAGCGAUUGCUCCUUAUGAUCCUAGGCACAACUCAACUUAUGUAUAUCUUCGCGAGAGUAAUGACAUUUUUGUGGGGACGGUUUCGGAUUUCGGGGGGAAUGACCCAUUGAUUUAUCGGAAAAGAUUACCGAGAGGAGAGAGUUUGAGGACACAGAAGGACGACCUGAGAGUCAUUGAUUGUAAGUUCGAAGUGGUUGACUAAAAUUUGAAACAAUUAAAAAAAUUUUUUUCAAACAAAAAUUCGAAAAAUCCGUCAUUAUGACACAGAAAGGGGGCAAAAUUGAGUUAUCCAAAAUUUUACUGUCUCUUUACUACUUACCACACAUGAUGUAAAUUUCAAAUUUAUGAAUUUCCGUUAAUUAAAGAUGUCAUCAUGACAUGUUUUCUAAAAGAAAUAUUGAAGAAAACGUCAUUGUGACUGGCAAAACGGUCAACUCAAGUAAAAAUGUUUACUACAUCGAUUUCAGUAAAUAAAUUAAUCUCAAAUUUCUCAAUUCCUUGCUGAUUGCACAUGUCAUCAUGACGGAUUUUUUGGAAAUUUUUCAAAAAUUUCUUUUUAUUCAAAAAUUGAAGGAAUUGAGAAAUGACAGUUUAUUUUACUGUAUAAAUUUCUCUUCAGACCCGGACUUUGUCGGUUCCUUCGUCUACAAAGAGCACGUCUACUUUUGGUAUCGAGAGAAAGCCGCCGAAAGUAUGGACAACAACCACGAACGCCAAACCUACGCUCGGGUUGGUCGAGUCUGCGCCAACGACCAUGGAGGCCCAUCGCCAGCCCAGGAUCGGUGGUCAUCCUUCCUCAAGGCGCGAUUGAACUGCUCGGUCCCCGCUGAUGUUCCCUUCUAUUUCAAUGAAUUGCGUAAGUUCGCUUUAAUGGUAGUGGCUGGAUUUUCUGAUCACGAAAUUGGAUGAAAUUUUUGAUUUUGAGGUUUGAGGAGAUCGACAUUUUUACGGAGCCAAAAUUUAAAAUUUUCUGUAAAAAAUUGGCCUUAAUUCAGAGCUACCCCAUGUGUAAUAUACCGAUUUUUCUGACAUUUAUGGUUGUCUGUUAGCUUUGUAACAUCUAGAGAAAUUUCUGGAAAUAAAUAUUUUUAUUCGUAUUUUACAAAAAUGACAAAAAUAUGGCAUUUUCUAUUUAAAAAAUCUUGACUUUCAAUUUUUCCGAAAAUUUGUAGAAAUCAAGAUUAUUAUUUUUUAUGGCAUUUCUGAAAGUUUCAAGCUGUAUUUUGCCCAAAUAACUGAGCUAUAGACUUUUUAACUUCAAAAAAUCUCAUUUUCAAUAUCCCAAAAAUUUGCCACAAAAUCCAACUCUCCGUUUCAGAGUCCAUCAGUGACCCGAUUGAGGACGGUAACGGCGACGCCGUCGUAUUCGGCGUCUUCCAAACCUCCCGUUCUUCGGUUCUCCUCUCGGCCGUCUGUGCCUUUCGAAUGAGUUCCGUCCAAGAACUGUUCGACCACGGUCGUUUCAAGACCCAACGCACGCCUCAGUCGGCCUGGAUUCCCAAUCAACGCUUCUAUACGGCGAAUCAGGAGAGGCCCGGGAAGUGUGUGAUGGACAGUCGACGACUGUCGGAUGUCUCUUUUAUCAUCAAAAACCCGUUGAUGUAUGACCUGGUCCAGGCCGAAGGGAAGCGGCCGCUGUUGGUGGAGGGGCCCGCCAAGCCCGAACUCACCGCCAUUCAUGCGAUCAAGCCGGUCAAGUCGGUGCGCGGCCAACUUCACAACGUCAUCUAUGUGGGACGACAUGACGGAACGAUCGGGAAAAUCGUGGAGACAGCGAGAAAUCAGACAACAGUCCUGGCCGAGAAUGUCCGCGUUUUCGAAAACCAUGUCCCUGUGAUUCAAAUCGCGUCGGCCUCGGAUCUGGAGCUGUUGGUUGUCGCCAAAGAUCGAGUAAUCAAAGUGGCCGUCCAACAUUGUGACAGUCAGACGAGUUGCUCGUCAUGCGUGAGGCUGAGGGACCCGCAUUGUGCGUGGGACAUCUCGGCGAAACGAUGUGUCCACAGAACGUGAGUUGACGGUUUUUUAACAAAUUUUCUACUGGAAAAUGAGAUUUUUUGAAGAAAAAAAUAAAAAAAAUCUUAACUGUUACAUUAAUCGACCUCCAUUUCUUCAGUGACUGGUCUCGUGGAAGCUUUGUCCAAAAUGUUUUGACCGGCAUCUCCGAGCAAUGUCCCAGCUCAGUGUACGCCCAGACCAUCGACGAGAACAGUUACGCGAUCGAUGUGAACGGGCCCGGAUUCGGAGAGCAGAUUUUGUUGGGACAAAUAAAGUCAGAGGGCCUCAGUAAUUCCACAACCGACUCGGCAUCCUUUACGGUCACCAUGACUAUCAUUGCGGCGAUUAUGUGCGCUUCUUUGGUCGGGUUUUUGGUGAGUUUUUUUCUCUUUUUUUGAGGUACCGGGUUUCCUACUUUACAGGGGAAAGUAUAAAAAAUAUACAGUAAAACCUCCGUAUAACGAAUCACAAGGGGCGAAAAAUAUUUGCCAUACCAAUGGUUUGUUAUACGAAGGUUCUCAUUUUAGCCUAAAAUCGACUCCAAGGACCUCUAAAAUUGUUUGUUAUAGGCAGGUUUGUUCUACAGAGUUUUCAAAUCAAUUUUUUUCGAUUUUACAAUUUCAUGAUGACUUGAAAACUCUGUACCAGAAAUUUUCAUACAAAAAAGCCUUCCUGUAACAAACACUUUCACAAGUCUCCAAAAUCAAUUUUAGGCCAAAAUGAAACUCGGUAUAACAAAACCUUUCUAUAGCGAAAAAAAAUUUUGAUCCCUUGGGUCAAUUUUUCAAUGACUUACCUUUCAAAUCUCACAUUCCCCACCUUCAUCUUGCCCCAUUUCCAGAUUGGCUACCGCAUCUCCAAAUACCGCGCCGCGCAGCAGCUGGGCUCGCCGGUCGGCUCCUCCAACGGCUCCGACUGUGACUCGUACGGGCGGGCGCGCCUCACUCGGCACGACUCGUUGAUUAUGCAGCACAAGGCGACGGUGGCGUCGGCUCCGGGCGAGCACAUCUACUCAUCGGCGCCGGUGAGUCGGGGCGGCGCCGACACCGUAUCGCUGGUGUUCAACGCGUCGCUGCACGGCAACCACAUGCCCGUGAUGACGUCGAUCUCGAACGGCGGCAGCGGGCUGCAGACGCCGCGCCACGCCGAACGCAACCUGAUGCUGGGCCAGUCCAUGGGCGCCACGCUGCCGAGGGAUUACCGGGUCCGCAAAGUCUACUUGUAG